GGUUCCGCUACGCCGGCGUGCCCGGAGCCGCCCCGCAGCAUGAGCCCGCCCCGAGAUGGCGGCUCCGUGCCGGACGCGGACGCUGCAGGUGGUGGACACGGAGUUCAGCGCGGACGCGGUGGAGUGGUGCCCGGUGGAGGGCUGGCACAGCAUCCUGGCCUGCGGCACCUACCACCUGCGCCCGCCCGACAAGACUGACUGCCGGGGAAGCAAUGGGGCUUGUGACCGCACUGGGCGCCUCUACCUCUAUCACUACAACGAGGAGCAGCCUUUCAUCCCGCUGACCGAAAUCCAGAGGAUCGACACGGCUGCCAUCCUGGACAUCAAAUGGUGCCACAUUCCCGUUGCAGAACAUCCCAUGGUUGGCAUUGCAGACUCCACAGGCGCCGUGGAGUUUUGCCAUCUGACGGGAAGCGAGAAGAACAGCUGCAUGUUGGAGCCGUGUUUCAGGGUUGAUCUCGGUGCACAGUGUCUGGCUUUGUCUUUAGACUGGUCCACUGGAAGAGAGCAAUGUGGAUGUCCUUUGAGAGUGAUCAGCAGUGACUCAGAGGGGAAGCUGAAUCUUUUGGCCAUAGAUGAAUCUGCUCCUUCUGUGCAUAUCCUGAAUCAGUGGGAAGCUCACAAAUUUGAGGCCUGGAUUGCUGCUUUUAAUUACUGGGACACAGAUACUGUGUAUUCAGGAGGAGAUGACAACCUGCUGAAGGGCUGGGACACCAGGUGCAGGCCAGAGGCUCCUGUCUUCACCAGCCGGAGACAUUCCAUGGGUGUGUGCAGCAUUCAGUGCAGUCCCCACCGGGAGAACCUUCUGGCUACUGGCAGCUAUGACGAGCACGUGCUGCUGUGGGACACCAGGAACAUGAAGCAGCCGCUGGCAGACACCCACGUUGAAGGUGGUGUGUGGAGGCUGAAGUGGCACCCAACGUGUGACUUUGUGCUGCUGGCAGCCUGCAUGCAGAGUGGCUUCAAAAUCCUCGACUGCCGCGGGAGCUUGGCGGAAAACACAGAGGAAUGCACCAUCCUGUCAUCCUAUGUCUUGCACAAUUCCUUGGCCUAUGGGGCUGACUGGUCAAGGCUGUGUCCAAGGGGUUCCUUGACUGCCACACAGGACUCCACUGUUGCAUGCCAAUCUUCAGAAGAGCUUGUGGGAGGAUCAGAGGAAGGAGACGAGAGACUGAAUUUUCAGGUCCAAAAUCUGAAGAUCAUUUAUGAGUCUCCUACAGCUACUUUUGAUGUGAUACUGGAUGAGGAGAGCGAAGGCCCUGCCCCACCACUCAAAGCAGAGUGGGGUCCUGAGCUGCCCGGGGCUCCUGAGCUGGCUGGGGGCUCUGAUUUAAAGGGGAGCUUGGAUUUGGCUGUGGGUCCAGCCCGAGGGGUAGGUUCUAGCUUAGGAGCCAAGAGACCCUCAGGCAUGGGCCUGGCCGGUGAUUCAGCCACAUCGCUCGACAGCCCCAAGGAAAUGAGCAUUGUAGCAACUUGUUCCUUCUAUGACAACAUCCUCCAUGUGUGGAAGUGGGAGAUGAGCCUCACUACAAGUGCUGGGUCUCCACCUGAAAGAAUAGCCCAAAGUUUGCACUGACCAGAACUGGGGAGAGGGGGAGGAAAACUCCUGUGCCAAGAGUGACAUCUGCACUUGGUCCUAUCUGAUUUCUGUUGGGCUUCUCCAGUUUUGUUGUUGAGCUUGAGUCUUGUAAGGCCGAUGCUGAUGGAAUUCCACUUUGCUUUGAGGCCUGUGGCCAAGAACAGACACGUUUAUUUAGUUUUCCCUCACUGUACUCACUCCGAGCAGGACACCUUCCUCUCGGCGGCUGCUUGUUUGUACCUUGUAUUUGAAUCCCUCCGGGGCUGGUUUGCAUUUGCCUGGUUGAUGUCUUAAUCCUGAUCUUCUCCUUCCAUCACAAACCAAACCCGUCUGUGCUGCUGCCUGUAGAUGAACACAGCGUGGGCUCAGAGGAUCCCUGAGUGUCUUGGAAAAGCCCACGAGCAGAGGUGUGGCUGUGCAACCUGCCAAGUGGGAUGGGCUUGGAGAAGAUGCUCACAGCCAGGGGCUUAUGGUGAUCUUCCCAAGGGAGAAAGUCAUUUCUAGAAGGAAAUCCUGACUAACGGGUGUGACCAGCAGCAGUUUGGUGGCUUUGCUCUGAGUGGAGCCUUUCCUGUAAGGAUUCUGGUGUCUCCACAGCCUGACUUUAUACUGGCCUCACCACCUGGUUGUCAUCUUGCUGAGCACCUCCAAGCUGAGCACAGCCUGGCUUGGCACAACCAGUGCAGUGAGCAGCACUGUGUGCCGGUGUCACGCUUCCCACUCUCCACAGCAAGGCGUAUCUUUAGCUCCAAAGUCAAGAGCUUUCAGUUCUUUAAAGGUGAACAGCUUUAAGAUCCAAACCUCCACAAAGUAUAAGCAGUGUUUCCUGACAUCUUUUAAGGUCAAAUUAAGUACAGAAACCAAAAUCUUACCAGUGUUGCCCUAACUACCUCCAGGGAUGGCUGCAGGUUUCUCAUGGUUGCUCCAUUAGCUUUCUUUUUUCACUGUGAAAUAGCAAAACACCAAUUCUGGAACACUUUCUCUUAUUAUCUUCCUAGAAAAAACCAGCUUAAACUAGGUAAGUAACAUCUAGCUUGCAUGGUUUCUUUUUGAGGGUCCUAAAGAAUUUAGUUGUCUGGAGGCAAAGAAACACCAGCACCAGGGAUCUGUCUGUAACAGUGCUGCUUCUGAACCGAGGUACAGCUGGGAAGGAUCAUGCUGCUUCAAACCCCCUUGUUCAAGGGUGAAUGUGUAUUUUGGAGAACAUUCUUGAGCACUGUUACAUGGGGAUUCGUAUUAGUAUUGUGAACAAGAGCUUUUGUUAAAAAAAACACCCUAUUUUUGGAUGUUUCUAAAAUAAAAUGAAUAGAAGUGA